AUGUUAUCAAAUAGGACAAAGAUUAAAACAAGAAAAGCUGACGAGUUUUAUCAACUUCAUGACUUUAUGUCUACUAGCCAACCAAAACAUAUUGAUAAUAGACCAUGGCAUAUUAAUGUUGAAUAUCGUACUCAAAAAUGGAAUGAAUUAGUUUCGUUUUUAGAACAACUUAAUUAUGAGGAUUAUUGUUUAACAAAAACACAAACAGAAAAUUAUAAGGUAACUCUAAGAGAUUUAAAAAGAAUAAAAGAAGAAUUACCAACAAGUAGGGAAUACAUUAUUAUGGUUGAAUUAUUAGCUCGGAGAAUUAUUCCUAACUUUGUUGUUCAUGAGGGAAGAGAAGAACAAACGUUAUCAUUAUUAUUUUCUAUGUUAGGUCAUAAUUUUAAUGCUAAUCAAUUAUCACAUGUCUCAGCUCCACAUUGUUGGUCAUUUAUGUUAGGGUCAUUAACCUGGCUAAAAGAUGCAGGGGAUGUUGUUUGUGAAGGAAUUGAUGCAAUGAAACAAGAUUUAUUAGAUGAAGAUGAACUUGUGGAAGAAAUGAUUGCAAUGGAAUGUGAACAAUGUGCACUUCAGAGUUGUCUAAAUCACCAAACAGAAUUAAUAAAAUCAAAAAAAUUAGAAGAAAUGGUGAAUACACGAAUGAGUGAAUUAGAAACAUUAAAAGAUGAUUUAACAUUAAAAUUAUCAAGAAUUAAUGAAGAAAUAAAAGAGAUGAGUUAUGUUCCAUAUGCCGUAGAAAAUUUAAAGUUGCAAUGUGAAGAAAUUAUAAAACAAAGGAAAAUUUUUGAAGAAGAAAGAAUUAGUCAAAUAAAUGAAAGAGAAUUAAAAAAAGGAAUUUUACAACAAAGAGAAAGUGAAGAAAAAAGUUUAAAAAAUGAAUUACAAAGUAUUCUUGAAGAAAAAAAACAACUAGACAGUAAAGUUGGAGAAGGAAAAGACCUUGAAAUGCUUGAAAUUCAAAAUAAAGAACAAAAGAAAGAAGCAAAUAGACUAAAUGAACGUCUUAAAGAAGAAACGAUUGCUGUAAAAAAAGAAGAACAAGAACUUAAUACAGUUAUUGAAGAAGUUAAAGAAUUAAUUAGAAAGACUGAAAAAGAAGUACCAAUUGAUAAAAAUAAUUUAAUGGACAAAGUAACACUUGAAAAUAUACAAAAUAGUUUAGAAGUUCUUCAAAAAAAUAUUGCUCAAUGUAAAACAAUUCAAAGAGCAAAUGAAGAAAAAAUUAGAAACUUAAAUACAACAACGGAACAAAUAAAAAAAGAGAUUGAUGAAUUAAAACAAGUUGAAAAAGAAAUAGAAGAAGAAAUUAAUACUACUGAAAGGAAAUGGAAGAUAAUUAUUACUAAAAGAAAUAAAAUUGAAGAAGAGAUUAAGAGUACUGAAGAAAAAUAUGCUUCUAUUGAUCGUACUGAAUAUGAAAAAGAAUUUAAAGAAGCAACUAAAUUAGGAGAUCAAUUAGCCCUUCUUAAUAAAGAAAUAGAAGAGCUUAAUCAUCAACGAAUUCAAAAAGAACAACGACUAAAUUUUAUUAAAGAAAAAACCCUUGAAAAGAAUAAUCGUUUAAUAGAAGUGUAUAAAAAUUAUAUUCAAGAAUAUCAAAAUAAAAUUCAGAUUGUAGAUGAAAAAAUGAAAGACGCUAAAGUAAGUGUAUUUAAUGCUUUUAAAGAGGUUGGAAUUCAACAGUCAUCAUACCUUCCAAAAAAUUAA